CGGUUUCCCUAGGGGUUUGUUUGUCUUGACUUUCUUCAACUGGAGAAUAUGGUGAAAGCCAAUGGCAAGGGGAAAGCCCGUAUUCCCAAAUCAAAACGCAAAACUGAAAAUGCAACUCCCAGUGCUACAACUGUAGCAACUGCAUCUGAGCCGGUAAAGACAGAUGCAGAAGCACUUGACAUAGUUCCUAGUGUUGAAGAGAAUAAAGAAGAGAAUAAGGGGGAAGAGGUGAAGGAAGAAAAAGGAAAAGAAACAAGUAAACCGGUCAAUAAGUCGAGGAAGAGAAAUAGAAUCAGAAGGAAGACCAAAAAUGUUGCUAACACAGCGACUGUUAAAGAUGCUGAUAAGCCAGAAAAUUCAGAUGGAGAUAAGGCUUCAAACAAGGCUGAGAGCAUGGGGAUGGUUUUUAUGUGCAAUUCCAAGACAAAGAAAGAUUGCUACCAGUACAAGGUUCUGGGGCUGCCUGCUAGCAAGAAGGAUACGGUUGCUGAGAUUUAUAAAGGCAUGAGGCUGUUUUUGUUUGAUGUCGAUCUGAAGCUGAUGUAUGGGAUCUAUAAGGCUGCAGGACGAGGGGGUUAUAAUAUUGAACCCAAAGCUUUCAAAUCAGCUUUCCCUUCUCAGGUUCGUUUCACUGUUUUGGAUGAUUGCUUGCCCUUGCCGGAGGAAAAAUUCAAAAAAAUCAUCAAGGAUAACUACUAUGGGAAGAACAAAUUCAACUGCCAGCUGAACUCUGAGCAGGUGAAGAACUUGUGCAAGCUUUUCCGAGCUACUACCAAGGGCGCCAAGUCAAAACGAGUUGGUAGACCUAGCAGACGAGAAGCCCGCACAAUUGCGGAAAGGGGCAGAAGUAGGUGGCCAAGUCAAGAUGAUGUGAGGCGCUCUCCAUUGGGUCGGAACUUUCCGUACCCAGAGGCCCCCCGCAUGUAUGAAAGAGAGGUAUUUCCAUCGCCAGAACGAGGCAGAAGUAGAUGGCUAAGUCAUGAUAGACCAAAGCACUCUCCUCCGUUGGGUGCAAACUCAGUGUACCCAGAGGGCCCCAGAAUGUAUGAGAGGGAAGCAUAUAGAGUGAGGCACUCUCCAUUGGGUCGGAGCGCACUGUAUCUGGAGCCCCCCAGCAUGUAUGAAAGAGAAGCAUAUCCACCUCAAGCCUUGCCACCACCUUUGCUGCUGCCACCACAGCAGCAUCCCUAUGCCCAUGAGAGGCCUUUGGAUAUGGAUUAUUAUAGGAGGGAGACACACCCUGAGCAUCAUAGUCAGCAGGUUUUUGACUUGGAGCCUAGACGCCGGGAGAUUACUGAAUAUCGUGAUGGCUACAGCGUGUACAGGCAACCUCCUCCGUACAAUGCUGAUUCAUUGUAUUCUGUGGCCCCACCACCUGCGUACCAGCUUGUGGCUCCCCCAACCCAACCUCCCCUAUAUCGUUAUUAGGGUUUGCACUUGAUUAGCGAAAACUUUGUAUCCUUAAUUGUCCUUGGAUUUUUGGGUUUAUAUACUGUUGUUGGUUUCUUUUAUUUGGCGCUGUUUGCUCGAUUAUCUGGGCCAGCAGCAUUAGCUCGAAAUAUGCCAUAGUUUGACCUGACCUCAAAUUGAAUGACUUUUUGACUUUAAGAAAGUAGUUGUUAAUGUGUGGUACUCAGCUUAGAUGUGCAAUGCAGGUACUUUUUGGUAGGACAAUGCAAAA